AUGGAUAUUGCAAAUUACACCAAAAUCAAUAAGUAUGGUCUAUCAUUCUACACCAAUAGGAACACAGCAAGAAAGGUUAUGGAAACGUUGAUGGAGAGAUGUGGGCCUGAGCAAUGCCUCGUUGCCCAUGUUCGAGAUUAUGAAGCAAAGGGAAAAAAGGAAGGUGAGAUGGUGAAGAAAAAGUACUGCCAAUAUGCGAUCGUAGAAUGCUCUAAACUGGAGGAUUUGCUGAAAGAUGACAAAGGACUAUUUGAAGUUAUGCAUCCUGAUAGAAUGAUGAAACUAAUGUUUGAUAUUGAUUAUACGGGAAUGAAUGAUCCUAUUGGAAAGGUAAAAAAAAGGAUUCGAUCAAUUCUUCCGAAUGCUUCCAUGAAUAUUUCGGGAAGUGUGGGGGAAAAGGGCGAUACUCUGAAAUUCUCAUAUCACAUUGUUGUGAAUAACUACCAUGUUCUGAAUGUGGGCGAACUUGACCCGAUUAAGCAGUUUUGUGCCAUGUAUAAGGAACUUGGAUUUGACAUGAAUAUCUACAGAGCGAACGGCUUGAUGAAAUAUGUAAACCAAUCCAAAGGUGACGGACGAGUCCAGGAGAUAAUAGAAGGUUCUGAUAACAUUUUGGAUCACACGAUCAUGCAUGGUAUUCCAAAGGACAGCAUCCACGUAAAGAAUGUUUCCGAACUUCAAAACUUUCUAUCGCCCGGGGCUCCAGCGCUCCGGAAGAGAAAACGAGAAAAUGACGAGGGCUCGGUACAAGCGAGAAAAGGUCGCUACUAUCCGGGUCAAAUACCGAGAAUGAACUUGGAACCUCCGGAAACCCUAGAUAUCUAUAGAGGGGAUCCGCUGCAUUUUCUAGCGCACAUGCCAAACCCUAAACGUGGGGAUACGUUUGAAUUGUCCAACUGGUUAUGCAGUGAGAUCGGUCGUUGGUGUAAGAUGGCAGGUAUCACCUUUGCGUCGUUUUGGGAGUGGAAUUCGAAAAAGGAUAGCACUCCGCAACGCAAAGCAAAAUAUAUAGACUUUUGGAAUCGGGUGGAUGUACAGUCGAAGCCCAUUUCGGAGAACUUCAUGAAAGCGUGUUUGGUUGCUGUUUAUAACGGAAACAUUCUAAAGUCGACGCCAUACAAAGUAAUGGAAAAUGCGAUAAACAAAGAGUUCAAUCAUCGCAUUGACUCAAGAUGGUUAUCCUCAGCGGAUCUUCACUUGGGUGACGAUUAUAAACACAUUGUACUGCAUGUUUCGCUCGGCGGUAACAAAAGUGGAAGUACCAUUGAUUAUCUCAAAGAAUUAUUGGAGGGGGACAAAGAAUUGACAGCGCUUUGGACAACAUGUAGAAUUGCGUUGACAAAUGAACAAAGAGGAAGAAUGGAAAAAACAGGCAUCACCCAAUGGAAAUAUUAUCUGGAUUACAGACCCGAUGAGAAACAAAAUCCAGUGCAUCAUCCCUAUCUCGUAUGUUCCAUUCAGUCGAUCUACUUAGCGAGGGGAGUUUACGAUAUAAUUGUCAUUGAUGAGUGCGAAACGUUAUUGCGAAGUUUUGCGGACGAUGCAAAAUGCCAUGGUAACCCAUCUCAACAUUGGAAGAAUUUCAUGCGCCUGUUGGCGUCAGCAAAGAAGGUAAUUUGGAUGGACGGGUUUCUUACCAGAGCGACAACCGAUUUGAUUCGAGACAUUGGAGGUGAAAGUUUCAUUAUUGGAUCAAGUGUUCCUCCUCCGCAACGAGAGAUCAAAUAUUGCCAAGAAAUAGAAGAUCUUUAUGCGAAAAUGUUCAACAGUCUGGAUAAAGGGGAAAAGAUCUUUAUCGCAUCGGGAGCAAAAGGUUCCCGAAAGGUUCAUUCCGCAUUUGAUGGGGUGGAAAACAUUGUUUCGACGCUAAUGGCAAAAUACAAAUGGAAACGUGGAACAGAAAUAAUUGGUAUCCACGCGGAUCGCAAAAAAGACAAGGAGAAUCUGAGAAAUAUUGAGGAGGUAUGGGGAAAUCCGGCUGUGCGAGUGGUGGUUGGAAACGCUGCUUUAGCGGUGGGCGUGAAUUAUGAUGUAAAAGAAGGGAUGCGCCCGUUUGACCGGGUUUUUGGCAUUUUCAAUCCGGCUUGUAUAUCGUACCGGGACUUUUUCCAGUUACUGGCAAGAAUUCGGAGGCCACUUUCGAAUGAGAUAUGGAUUCUGUUUACGGAACCUUUCAUGAAGGCAGUAAAGCAGGAUCGACUGAUUGUUUCACAAUCCGAUGGAUUUCGUACCUUAGCCGCGCAUAUGGAUUCAGAGAGUUUCGCGGAUAAACAUCACAAAUCGGCACAGGAUCUGUUCAAAUUGUAUGCAGAUCUAUGUAACAUCAAACUAUGCAGCAAAACAUGCUUUGCAUUGGAAAAGGAUGCACGUCAUUUAAUAAGCGCCUGUUUCGACAGUCGAUUCAAUAUGUUCUCAUGGCAUAACAUUAAGGAUAUCUCAGGAGAAGAGUGUGAGAGACUUGAAAGAUUGAUCGAAGCCCUCCAAGCAGAUGUCGAUCAGAUUCUUCAAGUUAAAAAAUUCAGAUUCAGAAAUCUAUUUAGAAGUGUGGUUACUGAAAACCUUGUUGAAAUCUACUGGGACACGUACAGGGAUACCGUCUACGCAGUGAAUAACUUUGGCAGGUUAGAACGAGGUCAAGAACUGUAUCACGACAUAAAAUGCGCCCCAAUAGUCCACAAGUUUUACAAGGACAAUAAUCUAACAAUCGAAGGGGAAAUCAGACCAGAGCAUGUCUGUAACUCACCUUUUGAAGACAUACAAAGAUCUUUUAAAAUGUUUCACCGACCGAAAACGUACAGAAUGGACCUAUACGCAAAGAUCAUCAAUGCUUAUUUUUGUGCACCAAUUAUUGUUAAAACGAAAGAGAAACGUAAGAAUAAGAAACGGUACACAUGGGACACAAAUGGAUUGUUACUUGGUAAGAUAGCAGAAGCGUUGCUAUCAUUCGAAGAGUUCGAUAUCUUGAAUUGCGAUUAA